AAUGUGAAGACGUCAUCGUCAUUCGGUCUGGGACCGAAUCUUAUUGGUGUGGCACCUUCACGAGCGAUAUAUUUUUGCACCUACUCACAAACAAAGAAUUUUUUAAAUAGUGUAAGUUUCCUGCAAACCGAAUCACCGCAAGUGCACAUACUAAGUGCUGCCAGCGCUGGUUUCGUCUCGUCCUCACUAACAAAUCCCAUUUGGUUUGUUAAGACGCGCAUAGCUGGUUUCUACAAAGGCAUCACCGCCAGUUACUUUGGCAUCUGUGAGACAAUGGUGCACUUUGUCAUUUACGAGUUUAUCAAAUCGAAAUUGAUUGAAAUGCACAACACACGUAACGGUGAUGCCAAAUCAUCGAAAGAUUUUCUGGAAUUUAUGAUGGCUGGUGCCAUUUCAAAGACUGUAGCAUCUUGCAUUGCAUAUCCGCAUGAAGUGGCGCGUACAAGACUGCGGGAAGAGGGUACUAAAUAUAAUAAAUUUUUCCAAACGUUACACACCGUCUGGAAGGAGGAAGGGCGGGCUGGUCUAUAUAGAGGCUUAGCGACACAACUGGUGCGGCAAAUACCUAACACAGCUAUAAUGAUGGCCACCUAUGAAGCGGUCGUGUAUGUGCUAACGCGACGAUUUAAUAAUAAAAGCAAUGAAUUCUACGACUUUUAGAUUUGUUUUCAAUUGCGGCUUAGUUGCAAUGAAAUCGAACAAAUUGCGUGAUUAAUAAAUCCACACGGGGAGUGGUACAAGUGCAAUGAGUAGUGCGUGCACGCAUGCAUCGCUGCAUGCAUACUAUAGUGGUCUGUGAGGGUGUGUGUGUGUAUAGGACAGAGGCGUCACGAUGUUUUUUUUUUUUUCAAACUUCAUUUAGUUGCAAAGUUACUAUGCAACUUUGUAGCUAAAGAACAAAAUAAAAAUAAUAAUUAUUUUAAUUUAUUGAAGCGUGUUUUUAGGCGCUUAAGAGUAGUUGGCACGAGUAAAAACUGCAAAACAUUGAAGCUGAAAACAGCUGUACCUACAACGAAUUGACUAACUGUAUUAGAAUAGUUACAAAAAUUCCAGCAGCUACAUUUCAAGAUGCAGUUUGUUUGAUUGAUUGCUAUAUGAAAAAAGUUUUUGCGCGCAAAUUUUAUUAAGAAAAAAUUAUAAAUUUUUUAUUGCUGCUGUCAGAAGCAACCAGUUAAAAAGUUAACUACUUUUAAGAGGCAAGACCCUUAUACAUAAAUAUACUUAUGCAUACAAGCAUAGAUACAAUCACUGGAGUACUGUAUUCCAUUUAGGAAGACGGCAAAAAGCGCAAUGGCUUGUGUAAAAAAAGUAGAUUUGUUUCUUUAUUUUUUUUCUUAGUUGUAAACAGCAAAAAAAAGAAGAGACAUUGCAAUUUUGUUUUGUCCUUAUUUCAACAAAAAUUUUGGUUGGAUAUUCGCUAUUUUUGAUCUGCACUUGCACAUAAAUAGAUACGUAUGAAUAUUUGAAUUUGGUGUGAAUAGCAGCUAUUGAAGCGGUUCAAGUUCUCGAAGAUGUCUUCUCGUGCUCUAAAGAAACUGCAAGGUGGCACCGAAAAGAAUUCAAUAAUUGACGCUAAAAAUGACAUCGAUGAUAACCAACUCAGCGACGAUGAUGAUGAAUUCGACGACAGCCCCUCGGAAAAUAUU